AUGAACGACCUGUUCUCGUCGAGCUCGUUCAAGAAGUAUGCGGACUCGAGCCCGGCGACGUCGGCGGGGGGCACGGAUGCCGGCGGCGAGAGCGUGGUUAACCUGGACAAGUUCUUCGAGGACGUGGAGGCGGUGAAGGAGGACAUGCGCGGGCUGGAGGGCAUGUACAAGGGCCUCCAGUCCACCAACGAGGAGACCAAGACGGCGCACGACGCCCGCACCGUCAAGUCCCUCCGCUCCCGCAUGGACAAGGACGUCGAGCAGGUGCUGCGCCGCGCCAAGGCCAUCAAGGGCAAGCUCGAGGACCUCGACCGCUCCAACGUCACCUCACGCAAGGUGCCCGGCUGCGGGCCGGGGUCUUCCACCGACCGCACCCGCACCUCCGUCGUCGCCGGCCUCGGCAAGAAGCUCAAGGACCUCAUGGACGACUUCCAGGGGCUGAGGGCGAGGAUGGCCGCGGAGUAUAAGGAGACGGUGGCGCGGCGGUACUACACGGUGACGGGGGAGAAGCCGGAGGACAGCACGAUCGAGGCGCUCAUCUCGUCCGGGGAGAGCGAGUCGUUCCUGCAGAAGGCGAUCCAGGAGCAAGGGCGCGGGCAGGUGAUGGACACCAUCUCGGAGAUCCAGGAGCGGCACGACGCCGUGAAGGACAUCGAGCGCAGCCUCAUGGACCUGCACCAGGUGUUCCUCGACAUGGCGGCGCUCGUCGAGGCGCAGGGCCACCAGCUCAACGACAUCGAGAGCCACGUCGCGCACGCCAGCUCCUUCGUGCGCAGGGGCACCGUCGAGCUGGAGUCCGCGCGCGAGUACCAGAAGAGCAGCCGCAAGUGGAUGUGCAUCGCCAUCCUCGCCAGCAUCGUGCUCAUCGCCGUCCUCGUCUUGCCCGUGCUCGUCAACCUCCGCAUCUUGACGCUCCCCACCAAACGAUGA